UGUACGGACACUGAUGCAAGCGAUUUGCCAAAUAGGAAAGACGCUGCAACAGUAGACAUUGGCGUGGGGGUGAAAAAUGGGGUGUGUUUAAAUGCCAAACCAGGCAGCCUCUUAAAGCCGGGUCGAAGCGUGGACGGCUGGGAGGAUGUAAGGACGUUUGCAUUGAGUGGCGAAUGGGGAGGUAAAAGGUCGAAAAGUGGCACUUCUGGUGCCCUCUUCAUCAAAUCUCCUCUCUACUUAAUGCAGUCAUGCAUGCAACUCCUCAACACCCCUUUCAAUCUCACCUCUUGUUGUGUCAGUCCACCUCCAGGGUUUGCAUUUCACGAGAGAUUGAUUGGCCUCGCCACCUCACAUGCCGCCAUAUCGCAACAAGUAACUCAUCAUCUCAUCCUCCUCCUCCUCCUCCUCCUCCUCCUCGUCCUCGUCCUCAUUCUCCUCGCCCUCAUUCUCCUUCGCCUAGUUGACACUGAGUCAAUCAAUCUAACAUCCACCUUUCGCUACAUUUACUGUUUCACCAUCGUCAGCCUCACGAUAGCAGCAACAACACCAUCAACUCUUCUCCUACACAGAAAUGGACAAUCUCGAGCCUGCUCUCAACGCAGAGGCAUUGAAAUGAAUGCAACUUAUCCAAUCAAAGCCACCUUUGCAUCAUGA